AGAGGAGGGAGAAAUGUCAUUGUCGUUUUAAAAUCACAUGGACCGAGUUUUGAUCGCUCCGUCUGUGUGCAAUGAAAUAGCUACAAACAAUGUGAAAUUGCUCAUAAAAGUAUCCAAGAGCUGCUGCCGACCAAGCAGUUUAAGAUACCAUCGGUAGCUUGGAAACGGUCUGGUCUGUUUGGUCUGCAUCUCCUGAAGCUGCUCGGCACUCUGGGUACCUGCUCCUCAAAGGAGGAAGGACCACAGCUUGCCGCUCUGUCCCUGCUACAAACAUCUAACUGGUCUCUAAGAUUCGGGUCUCGUGUUUGGGCAGCGCUGCACUCAGGCCGGCCAGUCGUUGAUGGAGUUCUUGCAGGGGAGCGGUGACUACUGCCACGCCCAACAUCUCAGCGCUUGAGCCCAGGCCCCCCGGGGGGAGGAUGGCCCUGCUAACCUGCUGCACCUCCCACCCCUGAAUGCCCACAGCCAGGUCGCCCUCUCCACCCAGACCCAGACACCCCCACUCUGACUGUAGACUGACCGACGGACGGCAGGCCCACUAACUCACCAGAUGGGGUAGUGAGUGUCGGUGGCAAAGGGCAGCGUAAGCUAACGGACAGCUACCUCUUCACCCCCCCGGCACCUUACUCUUCACCCUGUCCAACCCCCACUCUAUUCCCAGCACCCCAAGACACCCUGGACAGGAGAGACUUGAGAGGACCUUGUAAAGUCCUUCUGAGGUGGGGUGUUGUUGCUGGGGUUUGUUCCUCAGCCUCAGAAAGACUAGCAGGGGUGACCUGCCUUCUUGGCUUCCUGCCUGGCUUCCUGCCUGCUGUGUCAGGACAGUGUAGUGUAUCUGGUGGGCUGGGUGCUGCUCUGUCAGGGUGAGUGCGGCCCCUGGGUCUGGGUCGACGUCGUGGCGUCUUCUCCUGAGAGUGGGAUCCUCAGUGUGUCCAGAAUGAACCGUCCGGCUCCCCCCGUCGAGGUCUCCCACAAGAACAUGAGGUUCCUCAUCACACACAACCCCACCAACGCCACCCUCGACACCUUCAUCGAGGACCUGAAGCAGUAUGGUGCAACAACAGUGGUGCGGGUGUGUGAGGUCACCUACGACAAGACACCUCUGGAGAAGGAUGGCAUCACAGUCAUGGACUGGGCCUUUGAUGACGGUGCCCCUCCUCCCACUAAGAUCGUAGAUGAUUGGCUGAACCUGCUGAAGACUAAGUUCCGUGAGGACCCUGGCUGCUGCGUGGCGGUGCACUGUGUUGCCGGGCUGGGACGGGCUCCUGUGCUGGUGGCUCUGGCUCUGAUCGAGGGCGGGAUGAAGUAUGAGGAGGCAGUUCAGUUCAUCAGGCAGAAGCGCAGGGGAGCGAUCAACAGCAAGCAGCUGACCUACCUGGAGAAAUACCGCUCCAGACAGAGACUACGCUUCAAAGACCCUCACAAACACAAGAACAAGUGCUGUGUGAUGUGAUGAUGUAGUGUGACCCCGCAGCCCGCCUGUUCUGACCCAUAUAGAACGACUACAUGAACUUUAACAUUGGACCGACCUCCACCCCGCUAAGAUGCAUUUAGGACUUGACCUGUUGUCUGUCUCCAUGGGGACAGUUAGUUGCCACUGUUCUGUUGGGAUUCUUCUGCUUCUCACUCUCAGGGCUGUUAGAGACCAUCUCCUCUCUGAUGUCUUUGAAUGAACAUGUUCGUCCCCAACUGCCGGCCAAUUGAACUCAUAGAGAGGAAAAACAAACGAGCCCUAUUUCCAUCAAGUACACACACACACACACACACACACACACACACUGACAAACUAUUUUGCACUGAUUGUAACAUACUGUGACAUACACACACAGCGCCAUUGACCACCAGACCAACCCCUCAACCAGCAGCAACACUGUCAGCUUGGUCCCAGGCCUGAUCGUUCCUCUUUCCUCCCUGCUGCUAGGUAGCACUGACCCAACCCAAAGCACUGUCAGCUGGGUCCCAGGCCUGAUCGUUCCUCUUUCCUCCCUGCUGCUAGGUAGCACUGACCCAACCCAAAGCACUGUCAACGAAACACACCGACCCACCACUAGCUGUCACAACAGGUCUGCAUCACCAUACACCAUGUUAACUGAAAGCCCCUGCUAGCCAUGAUGACAUGAAUGAAAUAAUCAUGAAAAAGAACAGAUUUUAUGCUGUCUGUGUGUUUUUAUCUCAAUGUUUCAAGGAAAUCCAGUUUAACGUCUUUGUUAAAUUGAAAUGCCAUCCACAGAGCUCAGCCAUCUUGCUCCUUGCUCCGUUUUCAUAAUGCAUGUAAGUUAACACUUGUUAGAAUCAUGUCCUUGUCUCCUUCUUUUUUUGAGGAUAUGGGGAUGCGGGAUGGGACUUAAAAUAGGACGAGGUUUUGUGCUGAGUCGCCGUUUUUUAAAUAGCAAUAUUUUUUACAUUGUGAUAUGAAAUACUCUGGGAUUAGGAUUCUUCACCACUGACUGCUUCUGUUGUACAACAUGAAGGAUCUCAGUGUAUCAUGUAGGAGUCAGCUGAGCCUGGGUGGGCUUGGUAGGCAACCCCGUCUGUGUCCCAGAUGGCACCCUAUUCCCUAUAUAGUGCACUACUUUUUGACCAGAGGUCUAUGGGCUACAAUGCCUUGAAAUAUACACAAAAACAUGGACUCGCACUGAUCCUAUGGGCUCCGGUCAAAAGUUGUGCACUAUAUAGGGAAUAGGGUGCCAUCUGGGACGCGUACUAUGCUUUGGGAACGUAAACAUGGCGGUGCCCCGUAGUCGUCUCUGGGAUGAAAAACAGCCAACUGAACCGUCUGCUCAGAAAUAACGUCCUGGCUCUGUAUCUGCCAGUGUGGAUAUAAAUGUCUCUCAUCCUGCUUCUGAAAUGGCACCCUAUUCCCCUUUUAUAGUGCACUACUAUAUAGCACACUUUUGACUAUAGUCCUAUGGGCUCUGGUCAAAAGUAGUGCACUAAAUAGGGAAUAGGGUGCACGACGCAGUCUCAGUUAAGGACAGGUACUGAAGGAAUGACUGGUAUCCUAGGAAGAAAGCUGUCACAUUUAUCUGCUGCCUUGGAAGUAACCCACUUCAGAUUGUUCACAGUUAAUGAAGUACAAGAAAUAAAGUAAUUGUUUAAAGUAA